GGCUCAUGGCGCAAGGCCGGGAGCGAGAGGAGAACGUCUACGCCACCGCCGGCGCGUCCCUGUCCGUGAGAUGGGUCGAAGGAUUCCCUAAGCAGAAUGUUCAGUUUAUCAAUGACAGCACCAUCUGCUACCCUUGUGGGAAUUUUGUAAUAUUUAUUAAUAUUGAAACCAAGAAAAAGACUGUACUCCAGUGUAUGAAUGGAGUUGUGGGUGUCGUGGCAACUAAUGUUCCUUAUGAAGUUGUGGCUUUUUCUGACCGGAGGCUAAGACCUCUCAUCUACAUAUACAACUUUCCUGGAUUGACCAGAAGGAACAAAUUGAAAGGCAAUGUUCUUCUGGACUACACUUUACUUUCAUUCAGUUACUGUGGCACCUACCUGGCUAGUUACUCCUCUCUCCCAGAAUUUGAACUGGCCCUUUGGAACUGGGAAUCAGGUGUUAUUUUGUGCAAGAAGACACAACCUGGUAUGGAUGUAAGCCAGAUGACUUUUAACCCUAUGAACUGGCGCCAGCUGUGCUUAUCAAGUCCAAGUGCAGUGACCAUGUGUACUAUUGAAAGAAGUAACCAGGAGCAUCAUCUCAAAGCAAAGUAA